AUGAUUCAACUGCUAUCCUUCACUAUAUCGGCCAUCAAUCUUACGAAAGAGGCUAUUCCUAUCGCCCUUGCGAAAGGUGUCCUUGGAACAAUCGCAAAUUUCCUCACUCUUGCGGAGACAGUGAUCAAGAACAAGUCUGAUUUCCUGGCGAUAGUCAAGAAGUGUGAAACUAUUGGGAAAGUCCUUGAAAGAGCAACCCAGGAUGCUACCAAAGAUGAUCUGCAAGGAUCCUUUUGGUAUGCCUUGUCGGACCUUAACGUAUCAGUAAACCGCAUCAAUAGUGAAGUAGCCUCAAAGAAGGAGCAAGGAUUUUGGAAAAGACUCUUCUCUGUCACGAUUGAUCACGACCGGAUUGUUGGAUGGGAAAAUGACUUAGAUCGCUUCCUCGCACUUUUCAAUGUACGUCUCUAUAAUUUCACCCAAACUUCUACUGCUGAAUCACAUCUCAAGGCUGAAGCGAUCGCUGGCAUCGCGAUCGACUUGUCUUUUGGUCGGGCGAUGGCAUGUCUUUCAGACGCAAUCAGGUAUCGCCCACCGAUGCUGCCACCACGACCUUCCAUGUUUUAUGGGCGAGGGGAUCUCGUGGCAGAGUUGACAGAUCUUGUCGUUAACGAUGAGCAUAUUGCGUUGGUCGGUCCAGGAGGCAUGGGGAAGAGUUCUCUUGCCAAAGCUAUCCUCCACGAGCCACUUAUCACAGAGAAAUUUGCUGAUAGGCGCUUCUUCGUGACCUACGACGGCCUGGAUCCGUCAACCAUCACUUUUGAAACCUUUAUGACUCGUUUUGCGGGAGCCCUUGGCAUAGAGUUUGCAGGCGCUGAUCUUGUGCGUCAAAUAUCAACAAUUCUUGGUUCCGCCAGCGCCCUCGUUGUCCUCGAUAAUGCCGAGACCUUCGAGGAGGCCAGUGGAUCUUCGGCGCUCGGAGAAAUACCACCUGCCAUUGCCGAAAUUGCAGACAUCCCUGGUGUCAUCCUGAUCCUCACGUCACGUAGUAGAAGGAAUGCACCAAACGUGCUAUGGAUAACGAAGGAUAUUCCACCACUGGACUUGAGCUCCGCUCAAGCAGUGUUCUUUCAGAUAUAUCACCACGCUAGUCGCAGCGAUGCCGAGGAAGACAUAAAGAACCUGCUCGGGGAAUUGGAAUUUCACCCUCUUUCCAUCAACCUACUCGCAAAUGCCGCGCAGCAAAAUGGCUGGUCUCCAGCGACAUUGCUGAAGAGAUGGGGCAAAAAGGGCAGCAAGGUUCUCGACCAUGGCAAGGGAAAGCUGCAAAGCUUGUCAGACACCAUGCGGUUGUCGCUCAGCUCGCCAUCGAUCCAGGAUCUCGGCGAGGACGGUCUUCAUGCUCUGACCGUCAUCGCUUUUUUGCCCCAGGGUCUCAAUGACACCCUGGCUAGCGACUUAUUGCCGUCGCUCCUGCAAAUUGAUCAUGUAUGUGAUGUCCUAUGCAGGCAAUCUCUCGUUUACCAUCAAGACGGCUUCGUCAAGAUGCUCGCGCCUAUUCGGCAUUAUGUGCGAGAUUCGUUGCCACCACCAGGCCCCACUUGUUUGCAAGAGAUACGCGACUUCUAUUAUGACAUUGUCCAACAGUGGUCAAAAAAGCGAGACGGUCAUGCUGGUAUUAUUAUCUCGGAUCACCUAAACAUUGAGCGUAUAGUUGCCCUCGACCUCGCCCACGCCCCUGAAGAGACUUAUUGUGUUUGCUGGCAAUUUUUGAGGUGCUUGCAGUGGCAUCUUCCCCGCCCAACUACCCUUGCCCCAGCUAUUUUCAACAUCGUCGAGAACUCCUCCACACGGACACUACAAGCACGUUGCCUCCAGCAUCUCGGUUGGCUCUUCGUCGAACUUUCUCAAUACGCCGAAGCCAUAAAGGCCUUUCACGCUGCUCAGGGUCUUUAUCUCACCGCCGACGACCACGAGAAUGUGGCAAGCUGUGUUGUCGAAUUUGCAGAAAUAUACAGAUGUCAAGGUCGCUUCACUCAAUCCCAACAGGUCCUACAGGACCUCCAACUCUCUGAGUCAUGGAAAUAUCUCAGCGACACGGGGAAAGCCCGUGUGUGGUAUUUCCUGGACCUCACCAGGUUAUUCACAUUCGCACCAUCUGCGGACGAAUUGUUUAUGAAGUCCUUGGAAGAUCGUAACUGGGGCUUGUCGUCCAAGAUUUCGCACCAGGCCGCCAAAUUGUAUUACGGGGGGACAUCGUCCAGGUCAAGAUGCAGUUAGAAGACAUUCUCCUGCAAUGCGCGAUGUGUGACCGCGAGUUCGCACUCCAGGUGCUUGCAGAAGUUGCAUUUUUGGAAGGCAGGUUAUCCGACGCCAUGGAUUUCCUACAGAAAAUUAUAGUGAUGUUUGAGGGACGCCAGCCAAGACAAGUCCUUUGGUACACCGUCUCGAAAGGUGUCGUGGCGAGCAAUCAGGGGGAUCACGACCUUGCGAGGGAGCUCAUUCACGAAGCCUCUGGAGCGCAUGAAUUAUUUGCGCUGCACAGUACGCGCACAUUUCUCCACAGAUCUUAUGGCUCUGCAUGCAUCGAGCUCACUGCAGGCGAG